CUCCUGCCUCCGGCCACAGGUUGGUUCCUGCAUUUCAUGCCGUCUGCGAACUGCAGGUGCCCUGGCCACACCCGCGCCUCACUUUGUCAUCAGAUGAACACCACGCAUCUCUCAAGGUUCCUUAUGUAAUUAAUCAAGUGCCUCAUGCAUCGCGAAUGGGAUUUCCCUCUUCAUUCGACAAACUUCAACUUCAGCCUCUUUGUCUUCAUCAAACUGGGCUGCCAUCACCCCGUCGUUCUCAUGCCCCCACGCCUUGGCCCCCAAGUGUCAUUUCGCACGCGCCAGCGCAAAGUGUUUGCGUCUCCAUUGACCACUCAUCUUGAGACACCGACAUCUUCGAGAGUUCCAUCCACAAAUCCUACCCAACGACUGACCAUCGUGUCACGCUCGGGCCUCUUGAAUACACAAAGCACACAAGUUGCGAUUGAUUGCACUCCAGAGGCGCACGGAGUACAAUCUGUUUGUGCCGUGUCGAGACUCAAUCAUCUCUUUUGCUAUGAGGAAAGAGUAUAUUCCCAGUCUUGUUCUUCAGCAUUACUGAUGCCCGAAAUAUAGUAAUCGAUACUAGACUUCAUAUCAACGUCCUGACAAGAUCCAGAUGCGUUCAAAGUGCAGGUAUCCCGGUGACAUACGAUACUGUCACGCUAUUGAUGAGACGGACAAUAGCCACGGCGUCUGCCGCCGAUAGCCCCGGAUGUGGCUGAAAAGCUGGAGCGUUCAGACCUCCCGCCCGGAGCGCCGAAAUGAGACAUAUGCCGGACCCACUCUACCAUCACCGAUCGGGACCAAGACCAGACACUCUACU